CUAGGCCUCACCGGGGAGCCAUAUCCGCCACGCCAGCGAUGCCUCUCGCCGCAGCGGCUUGACGGGGCCUGCCCCCAAAUCUACCUCUUCAGCGGAGAGGCGCUGCGUGGUUGCUGUGGGAGGCGCGGCGCGGGUCGGAAAUGGAGCCGAGGAGGAUCUCGGCGAGCCCGCGCCCGUGCAGCGUGCGGCGGGUGGUGGCCAGGAAGAGGCCGAGGCAGGAGGCGGUGGUGAGCAGCGUGCGGAAGCUGCAGCGCCGGGAGAUCAGCUCACGCCGCGACCGCGCCUUCGCCAUGAGCGCCGCACAGGAGCGCUUUCGCAACAUACAUCUGCAGGAAGAGUUUGACACUCAUGAUCCAAAGGAGAACACUUUGCUACUCCCUUACUUGAGGAAAAGGUCAAAAAUUAUUGAGAUAGUCGCAGCGCGUGAUAUAGUCUUUGCUUUAUCACAGUCAGGAGUAUGUGCUGCUUUUAGUAGAGAGGCAAAUGAGAGAAUAUGUUUUCUGAAUGGAAGUCCAGAUGAAGUUAUCCGCAGUUUAUUUUACAACAAGAAUAAUGACUCACUCAUUACCGUGUCAGUAUAUGGUUCUGAAAACUUCAGUGCUCUGCGAUGCAGAACAACCCGGAUAGAGUACAUUCGGCGAGGACAACCGGAUGCUGGUUUCCCUCUUUUUGAGUCCGAGUCCUUGAAAUGGCCUGGAUUUGUAGAGUUUGAUGAUGUCAAUGGAAAGGUUUUGACUUACUCUGCUCAAGACAGCACUUACAAGGUGUUUGAUUUGAAAAACUACACAUUACUGUAUUCGGUGUCAGAUAAAAAUGUUCAAGAAAUAAAGAUCAGCCCUGGGAUAAUGCUAUUGAUUUAUACAAGAACAAAUAGCUCGGUUCCUCUGAAGAUUCUUUCCAUUGAGGAUGGUACAGUCUUGAAGUCCUUCAGCCACCUUCUCCAUCGUAACAAGAAGGUAGAUUUCAUUGAACAGUUCAAUGAAAAGCUUCUGGUCAAGCAGGAAGGGGAGAAUCUUCAAAUUCUUGAUGUAAGGAACUUCCAAUUGACAGAAGUGAGCAGAACUGAGUUUAUGACUCCAUCUGCCUUUAUUUUUCUGUAUGAGCUGCAACUGUUCCUGACGUUCCGGAAUCGAUCAGUAGCAGUUUGGAACUUUCGAGGUGAACUGGUCACAUCAUUUGAAGAUCACCUGUUGUGGCACCCUGACUGCAACACAAACAACAUAUACAUUACAAGUGAUCAAGAUCUUAUUAUUUCAUACUGCAAGGCUGACUCAACUGAUUCCUCUUCAGAAGAAAAUGCUGGCUCUAUAAACAUAAGCAGCAUACUGACCGGCAAAUGCUUGGCAAAAAUAAACCCUGGAAAUUCGUGCAAGCAAAAGGAUCCAUGCAAGCAGAAGAAAGCAUGGAGGUUCCAGAAUACAGUCUCGGAGGCCCUGGAGGACAUCACAGCUCUAUACUAUGACGAAGAUCGUGACGAGAUCUACACUGGCAACCGGCAUGGCCUUGUCCAUGUGUGGUCGAACUGAAAGCCGAAAUAGUGGCGGCUUUCACCCACAGCAUGGUGAUCUUCACCUGUAUGUGUAUUAACAGCUUGUACCUCACAUGGCAGGGGGGCACGAAGACGGACCCCCCAGCCACCAGGUACGGACGUGAUGCUUCAUUGUUGAGGCAAUUCUUAUUUAUCCCACCAGCGUGGCAAGAGCUCUCACCACAUAGGCACCCAUUCAGAAAUCAGAACACCCCCUCCCCGAUUUGUUGUAGGAUUGACAAUCGUUGUGCGUUUUAAAUAUAGCAUGUGUGUUAAUUUUUUGUUGUUGUUGGGAAUGUCGAUUAUGUCCCACAACUCAGUCAGUGAGUUCAAGUGUUACGGAUGUACCUUGCAAGUAAUGAGAUUCAUUCGUUGAGUUGUGAUUUCGUUCA